AUGGCCCUCACCAAUGAGGCUUUGGUUGCGCUGCUGGGCAGAACCGUUAAGGUCACCUUAAAAUGUGGCGUUUUCCAAGGGGUGCUGCAACAUGUGAACCCCGACCGGAGCCUCCUCUUGCGGACAGUUAAGAACUUGGAAACUGGCAGAAGCAGUCCAGGAAUAAAGAUGUUUUUUGGCCCUGAAAUAGUAAAUGUGGAACUGCUGGAUGAGCCAGAUUCAGGGAAAGGAAUAACAGUCCUCUCUGAGUGCACUUCAGCUGUUGAAGGGAACAAACAAGCAGACAAAGGACCAGCAGGUUGUGGAUCAUGUAGUUCUCCUGUUUCCAUAGAGAGCCAGCUCAGAGCCUCAAACAACUUAAAAUGCUCCCUCUCAGAGAAUAAAGAAGAAGCGAAUGUAGAGUACACAGUUAUUGAUUCUUUCCAUGAGAAAUUUGGCCCAGCAGUGCUGCACCUAAAACAGCAGUGUGUGAUCAGUAUAGCAGGAGAAGGUGUUAAUUUGUGUCGUUAUGGAAAACUGUCAUGGCUUGAGAUAGCAUCAAAGAGCCGCAUUUAUCUAUUUGAUAUCUUCCUUCUGGGACCACAGGCUUUCAAAAAUGGAUUACAAAUGUUGCUGGAAGAUAAAAACAUCUUAAAGGUCAUGCAUGAUUGCCGCUGGAUCUCAGACUGCCUUUUCCACCAAUAUGGUGUUCUCCUCUUCAACGUCUUUGAUACACAGGUUGCUGAUGUUCUGCAGUUCUCAAUGGAAACAGGUGGCUUCCUUCCACACCAUGUCUGCACGUUACAGGAGUGUUUGAUACAGCACUUGAAGAUACCUUCCAAAUGGGAUGCCAUCAUGAACUGCAGGCAGCAGAUGGCUUCAGAGAAUCCUGACAUAUGGUUCCUGAGACCCUUUCCACCUUCGCUGCUUAAAGCACUUGCUCUGAAGGCUAUGCACCUUUUGCUGCUUCACUCUUCCCUAAUGGAGAACUUGUUGUCUGACCUAACAGCUGUAGUACAUGAUUACUUGAAUGCUUAUCGCUCUGGGUCUGGAGAUCACCUUUGGAACGCAAAGCCUACUUGCAUGGAGCUGCCAAAGGAGCUGCGUCAGCUCUUAGAUACCCAAACGCUGCGAAAAGAGAGAGCACUCAGAAACUACAAAAUGAACAAGGAUGGUCUUUUGAUCAGACCAACACCCACAGAAUUAAAAAAGAGAAACAACCCACAGGAGGAUGGAAACUACAGAGAGGAUCACUCUCCCACAAAUAAAGGAGUGUCGCAUCUUGCAUCCUUCUACAGUCGGUAUGUACUCUGUCAAGAAAAGCUUGAAAAAUCAAAAUCAAGAGGUAAAUCUGUGGAAUAACCUUAAACCGGCCUCAAGCUGGCUGAACAAGUAACUUGAUAGGCUUAGACUGAGUAUUUGAAGACAUCCAAAUGAAAAAAGGGGCUAUUCCCCAAGCAGAAGUGUCAAACAAAAGCUCUUCUUUACAAUGAUAGGUAAACCCAUUGUUGAAUGGAAAUAAUAGCCUUUCUUUUGAAGGAAAUUCCUUCUGUGUCUUGCUCUUCUUCUCUGGGUUUACUUCUGAGAUCCACUUUUUCAAAAGGUAUUUCUGAUUUUAAA